UACAUACAAACACAAGCAUCUCUAUAUAUCUUGUUCAAAACUUGCAAAACAAUACCAACUAAAAAAAAUAUGAAAGCAAGUUAUAACUACUACAAGAUGUUCGGAUUCAACAGGAAGUUCAAGAUCACUGAACGAAGCCCACCACCGGACGUGAUCGACGCCUUCACUUUCUUCACCAACCAGGAACCGGAAAUGGCGCCGGAUCACUUCCGGCGGUUCUUGAUGGAGUUUCAGGGAGAAAAAGAUGUUACAAGUGAUGAUGCUAAACAGAUAAUGGAGCAAGUUUUGCAUCACUUGAGACCCAAUUUUAGUAGCUGCUGUUUUAGUCUUGACGAUUUUUUUAAAUAUUUGUUCAUUGAUGAACUCAAUGGACCCAUCUCAUUUCAGGUGCACCAUGAUAUGACUGCACCAAUGCAACAUUACUUUAUAUAUACAGGCCACAACUCCUACCUUACGGGAAAUCAACUCAACAGUGAUUGCAGUGAAGUGCCAAUCAUUAAAGCUCUUCACAGAGGUGUGAGGGUAGUCGAAUUGGAUUUAUGGCCAAAUAGUGCAAAAGAUGGAAUACAUGUUCUUCAUGGGAGGACUAUGACAACACCUGUUACGCUUGACAAAUGUUUCAAGUCCAUUAAAGAUCAUGCCUUUGUGAAUUCCCCUUAUCCGGUAAUCAUCACUUUAGAGGAUCAUCUUACACCAAAUCUUCAAGCUAAAGUUGCUGAGAUGGUGACGGAAAUUUUUGGAGAUAUGCUUUACUGCCAAAACUCUCGAGAUAUAGAUGACUUCCCCUCACCUGAAGAAUUAAAGCAUCGUAUUAUUCUUUCAACAAAACCUCCAAAAGAAUAUCUCCAAUCUAAGAUCGGAGAUGAGUUGUUACCAACUGAUGAAAGGCUAAUUAGUAACCGCAAUGAUAAAAUCCCCACAACAAAUCAAGAUUUGUCCCAACUACUUCGUGUUGGCGACUUUGAAGACGAAUAUGAAGAUAUUGAAAAUGAGAAAUGUGGACAGAAAGCGCCUCCUGAAUACAUCCAACUCAUAGGAAUUCAUGCCGCGAAAGCAAAGAAGGGAUUAAGAAAGGCAUUGAUGGUUGAAACCGGGAAAGGAAAACGUCUUAGUUUGAGUGAGCAAACUCUUGAAAAAGCCGCGUCUCUUUAUGGAACUGAUUUAGUCAGGUUUACUCAAAAGAAUAUUCUUAGAGUGUUCCCAAAGGGAACACGGGUUACAUCAACGAACUUUAAACCACUCACUGCGUGGAUACAUGGCGGUCAGAUGGUUGCGUCCAAUAUGCAGGGGUAUGGAAAAUCACUUUGGAUGAUGCAUGGAAUGUUUAGAUCCAAUGGAGGGUGUGGUUAUGUUAAGAAGCCUGAUUUUCUAAUGAGCAGGGGUCCUAAUAAUGAGGUGUUUGAUCCCAAAGCAGUGUUAGACGUGAAGAAAACUCUUAGGGUGAGAGUGUAUAUGGGUGACGGAUGGCGUAUGGAUUUUAGUCAGACUCAUUUUGAUACAUAUUCACCACCAGAUUUCUACACAAAGAUGUACAUGGUUGGAGUCCCAGCCGAUGUUAUUAAGAAGAAAACGAAAGUAAUUAAAGAUGAUUGGACACCCAUAUGGGAUGAAGAGUUUACAUUUCAGUUGACUGUCCCUGAACUAGCAUUAUUAAAGAUUGUUGUACGAGAACAUGAUGUAUCUGAGAAGGAUGACUUUGGUGGUCAAACAUGUUUGCCAGUUUCUGAAUUGAAAACUGGGAUACGAAUCGUUCCUUUACAUAACAAGAAAGGAGAGAAAUUUGACUCUGUAAAGCUUCUUAUGCGAUUUGAGUUUGAAUAGAGAAAAACCAGCCACUACUAAUUUGACUCGAGCUUAUUAGAUAUUCUGCAGCUACACUGCCAACAAGAUUUAUCUAAUGACAAAGACUUCUGUAGAAUAUUUCAUUAUUUUGUAGUUUAUAAAGAAUUAAUCAGUGAAGUUCAAGGCAAUUAUUUUCUUGGUA